AGAAGAAAGCUUUGGCCCCUAUUCUCUUCCUUCAAAGCCGGCACUGUCUCUAAUCGUGUGGCUGCCGCAGCGUUCUGGUGCAACGCCGCGGCUCGCUGCGCGCCGGCUUCUGGAGGUUGUAGGGCCAAUCAGCGUCGAGCCAAGCUUUCACUCGCGACAGUUUCUUAGUCUGGUUACGCUCCUCACGGCCCCUUAGGAAGGUUCCCGCGAGCUGUUGAAUAGUAUCUCCGCGAUUCGGUGCCCGUCGCACGUGCUAACGGCUCGCCGCGCCUUCCUUCCGCCUUCCCUCCGCCUCGCUUUCACGCUCCUUCCCCCUUUCCUCCCCCAUACCUUCUCUCAAGCCGCGUUCUUUACGCACUUCUCGCCGCGUUACGUACCCGCGUUUCCCCACCCCCGUUCCCCCACCUCAUCUGCUCUUUCCCCAUCCGCUCUUCCCCCAUCCGCUCUUCCCCCAUCCGCUCUUCCCCCAUCCGCUCCUCCCCCAUCCGCUCUUCCCCCAUCCGCUCGUCCGCAAUUCCUCCAUCGCUAUCCAGUCAUCAUGGUGCUCCGCCACCCGCGACGCGUCCCCGCGCUUCCCCCCGCGCUCUCCCCUCUCCUCAUCCACCUCCUCCUCCUCCACCGCAUCUCCCGCGCCCUUGCCUCCGCCGAGCCGUCCGCGAGCCCCCCCCAAGCCACGGAGGACGCCGCUUCGCCAAUCUUCAUAAAGGCCCUUCCGUCGCUGCUUCGCCUCGCGAAACCCCUUGCGAAUUCCGUCGUCGAAACGGCUACUACUCCUACCAGUGCUAGUAGCGCCGCUGCGGCCGUGCCUUCCACCGCUGCGCCGAGUAGAACGCUCCAAGCGGGCAGCAUCCACGCUUCGUUCGGCCUCCCGCGGAGAGCUGCCUUCGGCGCGCGUGUUGCGGCUUCCGCCACCCCCGCGGAACCCGCCUCCGCAGAAUCCGCCUCCGCGGCUACUGCUGGUAGUAGCUCCAUAAAGCCGCAGUGGCGCAAGGGGCCGAUUCAAUACUUAGGCGGCCCCGUGGUCACGGGUUCGACGCUCGACGUGUACUUAAUCUACUACGGCUCGUGGCCCGCGGGCAGCGGGCAGCGCGUGUUUGAAAACUUUGUUCGGUCGCUGAGUAAAAGCACGCGGCAGGGCGGCGGCGGCGGCGGAGUGGCGAGCGUAAAGAGCUGGUGGGAGAUUUCCGCGGGAUAUUACAUGGCGGCGGACGGGAGCAGUCGAUACGUGAGCUCCGAGGUGCGGCUAGCCGGUGUGGCGUAUGACGCCUACUCGCAGGGGAGCACGGGACUGUCAGAGAGCUUUGUCUCCGCAUCCGUCCGCCACCUGCUGUCCACCGGCAAGCUGCCCUUCGACAGCGAGGCGGUGUACAUGAUGAUCGGCAGCAAGGACGUGCAGGUGAACGGCUUCUGCACGGACUACUGCGGGUGGCACUCCCAGGGCAGCUAUGGCGGCGCGAGACUCAUCUUCGGUUUCCAGGGCCACCACGGCGCGUGCCCCAACGGGUGCAUGACUCAGAGCACGUCCCCCAAUGGAAUUCCCGGGGUAGACGCUACAGUCUCCACCCUAGCCCACGAGAUUGCGGAGGCUGCCACCGACCCUGACCUCCGAACCGGGUGGCUAGCUCCGUCCGGGGACGAAAACGCCGACCUCUGCUCGUGGCAGUACGGAAACUCCAACCCUCUUUCUGGAAGAGCGGUUGUGAAAUUUGCCACUGGAGCAAAUGGGUUUCAGUACAAGUAUAACCUGGUGGGAGCAGGAGGCAUGCGGUUUCUAGUUCAGAUGAACUGGGAUCGAACGAAGCAAAAGUGUGUGAUUCGAAAGGGCGGGGCAGGGGGAGGAGGAGGUAUGUGCAGUGCACUACCCGGUGGGUUGAAAGAGCAGCUCUGCAGAACAAUCCGGACCUGCUGUUAGCGAGGAUAGCAGCAGCAGCUACCUACCGGUACGUGCUACGUACCGUAACAUGCUUCGUGUUACCCUCUCUGUAACAAGCUGCUUGUUCCUAGUACGUAGAGUACUGUACUUGUGUUGGAACAUCAUGCUUGGUGUGCCUGUUACAGCAUUUGCUUGAGGCGGCGGCAGUAGCUCCCUGCCCAUUAGCCCACCUCUCCACUCCUUUGCAGCAGCUGCAGCAGUAGACUCUCUCUGGUCUGGUCGUUGCAUCAGGCAGAAAAUCAGGUUCAGCCUCCUGUCCAGGGGUCACCGGUACCUAGUACCUAAGACCUAGUGCCUACUGGUUACCUGCCAUAGCCAAUGUUGUAGCCUCCUGCCAGUGAUAGAGGAGUCUCUCUGGCGACUCUAGUUUGACUUCAUUUGACGCUUUGAACAAUUUGGCGACUAGCGCAGCACAUGGCAUGAUGGCACCAUACCAUACCAUACCAUACUGGUGCUAUGCCCAAAGUAUCAAGAUGAGUAGUUGAGUAGAAUAGAAGGAUACAGGGAUA